AUGAGAAUUAACUUGGAAAAUAUAUAUUGCGUGGAAUUUGAGGUGUUAAGAACUUCCAAGGCCUGCCACAAAUUGCCGCCCUACAAUUUAUUGAUAGAAGGCGACCGCAUUAUAGUGCGCUGUGAUGUAGAAGCCUUUGUCCAAGACUUUGCCGCCUCAGCGGACAACAAUCUAACUUCAUCCACCCUCAAAUCAAAACAUCAUAAUGACUCUGUGUACAAUAAACUAGAAGUGGCCACCAGCUCCACGGAGGAAGAUUUAAAUGACAGCGAUGAGAAUAUGAUCGACAAUAGCAGCAGCAGCAGUAGUAGUAGUGAUGAGCAUGAUGACUAUGAUACGGCCUCGUUAACGGUGAAAACUUCAACAACAACUACCACAACAACGACUACCACCACUACACCUUAUCCGCCGCCACAGGCCAUACAAUAUCAUUGUCGUGGUGAGGGUUUGCCGGGUCGCACCACAAGAUGGAGUGCUUUGGCAGCGCCCUCGUGCCGUGGCAAAUGGUUGAGAUUGACGCUGGAUACUCCGAAAAAAUGUACACAUGCUCAGUUUAUAUUCGUUUAA